AUGUUUUAUACAUCUAUUCUCUGCCUUUUAAUAAUCUUGAGUUGCUGUAGUGAAUCCCAGUCUGCAAAACGACACUUCAAUUUGGAACUGCGCAAUGUUACCUGUAGCUCAUUUACAGAUAUUGUUCGCCUAGUGGAUUGUGAUGUUCGUAAAUUGGCCGAAAAUCGCUUUGGCAUGGAUGUUAUGUUUUAUCUGAAUCGCCCAGUGCCUUUGGAUGCGGACAUUGAAAUCCUACUGCAUUACCGAGUGCCUAAGAGCACCAGAGUUGUGUCCUUUAUUAACAUUAAAAUGAAAAUAUGUGACAUCCUCCAGCAUGCAACCACUGUACCAAUUGUUAAGGAGGUUUUAAAUGGCUUAGCAAGAUUCAGCAAUCUUCCCCUAACAUGUCCUGUCAAGGGGGUUAGUAUCAUAGAGUCCCAGCCUUAA